UGCACCUGCCGGGGAGCAGAGAGGAGGAGGACCCGGACGCUGCUUCUUUAACUUUUCCUCAAGUUGACGCGGACUCCGGGCUCCAGCAGAGACCGGGACCAUGCGCGCCAAAGCCCAGGCAACUCUCUGCUCGUGCGUAACGGCGCUCUGAAGAGUUGGAAGCGUUUGGACAAAGUUUGGACAAAGUGAGGAGAGUGUUUUCUGCUCCCUGAGCUCCGCUCCGCUCCGGUCCGGUCCGGUCCAGCAGAAUAAUGCCUCGCCCGGGGAGGAACACGUACAGCGACCAGAAGCCUCCGUACUCCUACAUCUCCCUCACGGCCAUGGCCAUCCAGAGCUGCCCGGAGAAGAUGCUCCCCCUCAGUGAGAUUUACAAGUUCAUCAUGGACCGGUUCCCGUACUACCGGGAGAACACGCAGCGGUGGCAGAACUCCCUGCGCCACAACCUGUCCUUCAACGACUGCUUCAUUAAGAUCCCCCGCAGACCGGACCAGCCCGGGAAGGGCAGCUUCUGGGCUCUGCACCCGAGCUGCGGCGACAUGUUCGAGAACGGGAGUUUUCUGCGGCGCAGGAAGCGCUUUAAGGUGGGCAGCAUGCAGGCCGCGGACCCGCUGGCGCCCAGCAAGCAGCACGACGCCGCGCACUACCUGCAGCAGCAGGCCAAGCUGCGGCUCAGCGCGCUGCACGCCGCCGCGCACCUCCCGCAGAUGCCGGGCGGAUACAACCUGAGCCCGGUGUCGCAGCCCUCCAGCUUCAAACACCCGUUCGCCAUCGAGAACAUCAUCGCCAGAGAGUACAAGAUGCCCGGCGGGCUGGCGGCCUUCUCCGCCACCGGGUACCCGCUCCACAACCAGCUGACCCCGGCCUGGCCGCACAUGUACGGCUCCGGGAUGAUGGACACCGCGGCUCCGAUCUCCAUGGCCACCGGCGACUACUCGGCCUACGGCAUGCCGCUCAAGUCCAUCUGUCACGGCGGACAGACUCUGCCCGCCAUCCCGGUGCCCAUCAAACCCACGCCCACCUCGAUGCCGGGCCUGCCGGGGCUGCCCACGCACAUCCCGGCUUUCCUCGCGAACUCGCCCCAGUCCCUGAGCCCCACCUCCCCGCAGACGGCCACCGGCCAGAGCAGCCCGGCCGCGCCCGGAGAGGCGCUGUCCUCCUCGGCCUCCGCGGCGCUGCAGUCCGCGGUGGCCGUGCACUGACCCGACUCUUAUCGACUUUUAUCAAAAACUAUUUUAAGAAAUAAAAAAAGGGAAAACUUCUUCAACUCCAAAGCAGUGUUUGAUCUCAAAGUGUGCGGAUCAUUAUUGGAUGUGUCUGUUUUAUCCAUCACAGCCUGAACAUUUCAUCAUGUACAGAAACAGCAGGUUGACCUCUGACCUCCAGCAAACAGCAACAGUAAUUCUAUUUAUUUCCAGAUGGACGCUAGUUUAUUUUCACUUUUCUGUCAGAAACUGAAACUCGGUUUGUAUUUUUUCCUCCACAUUCCUGCACACUCCGACUCGGUGACAAAUGAUCCGGAUCUUUUGUGUUUCUCAGCCUUUUCUUCUCGAACUGAAAGAAAACUCGCAGAUUAAUGACUUUUUUAAGAUUUCACUGAGGCCUCGCUGCUGUUUCUCCUCCAGAGAACAAAAAGGAAAAAGGAAGUUUCUUCUCUUCCACUUGUUUUCUUCCAAAAAAAUUAAAAUCUUCAUUAAAAUGCAAAAGUAGCAUUUGGUAAACCAAAUAAGAGCCAGUUCCUUUUCAUUUUAAAAUUCUGUUUAAUUAGUUUUAUAAUCCACAUGAACAACCGCAGAGAUGAGAAGAAAUAGGACUUGAAAUCAUAUAUUUAUGUCACAUAUUUGACCAUGAAUGCAAGGAUCUGCUGUCUCUGAUGUACUUUUUAAAAAAAAGAAAUCUAGAUGUUUUUUAUCCGGUAGCUGACAGCAGUGUUGGUUCCACUUAAAGUUGUUUUUUUUAAAGGAAAAAGCUGUAAAACGAGCCGCCGUCUGUGUGUUUGUACUGCUGCAUGCUCCUCCUGUCUGAACAAAGUGGAAAUAAUUCAGUGUUUGUGAGUUUCUUUGGGCUGAAAGCAUAAAAGCAUGAACAUGAACAACAGGCUUUUUAUUCCCUGCGGUCUGUCUGCUCAUCCAGAUCCAUUAAAAAUCCUUCCUGACGGGAGAAAAUACACAAAUACAGCAGUGGAGAGGCCUCACACACACACACACACACACACGCACACACACACUCAAUAACUGAGUGCUUUUAUUUGGAGAUUUUCUUCUUCACAUUUCAUAAAUGAAUUUUCCUCCAUUAACCUGCAGCUGGAGGAAUUACACUGACACUAAAUUAAUAUUUUACAUCCAUCAUUAAUGUCAUUCUGGUUAAAAUCUCUAAAAUGUUUCAGGAGCUCAGAGAAGCCGCUCAGAUUUUAUUAUAAAGACAGAAUACUGGUUUACUUACUGAAAUAUGAAAUAUUGAUCCAAUGUGCAGAUAAAUUCACAUUCUCCCAAAAUAAAGAGAAAAAUCUGACGUC